ACUCUUGCUCAAUUGUUUAUGCACGCAAGGCUAACUCCUGCUUAGGCACCAUUGCUUUCGAAAGUUGCCGGCGUAGGGACGAAAACUUUGUGGGUUGACUGCACGUAUACGUAGAGGUUUGUGCGAAAGACAUUGAACUAGAGACCGUUUUACGUUUCCACACAAGUACUUUAGAGCUUGGAUUUAUAACUGGCUUUUAACUUCUUACCGGUCCUCUGGAAGAUCGACUGCUGCAAGCUCUAGCUACUAGGCGUACUAUUGCGUAACCUCCGCCCGCUGCAGCCAGAGCUCAGCGGGCGGGGUCUGAAGGAUGGCAGAUGCACUCUUCGGCGCAGUAGGCAGGGAGGCUAACUUCUGUUGGCAGGACCGCGAAAUACGCUUCGACAGCAACUUAACAGACGUCGGGCCACGACAAGGCGAAGAGCUGAUAUCUGUCUUGGACGCUGUGGAAGACACCAAAGGAAACAAUGGGGAUGCGGGAGAGCUGCGUAUCACCAACUUGCGACUCGUUUGGGUCUCUAAAAAGAACCGCCGGACCAACAUCUCCAUCGGCUACAAUUGCGUCACCUCCGUCACCAUGCGCUCGGCGACAUCCCGCAUCAACGGCGCCACACAAUCCCUCUACGUGUUGACCAAGUACCACAACCAGCGAUUUGAAUUCAUAUUCACGGCGCCCUCCGACAGCUCGGACAUGCUGUUCGGCAGCGUGCAGGGUGUCUUCAGGGCGUACGAGAACAGCCGCCUCUACCGCGACCUCAAACUGCGAGGCGCGCUCAUCAUCGAGCGCGAGCUGAAGCUGCUGCCCCUGGAGCAGACCUACAGCCGCGUGAACGGCGUGUGGAGCCUGAUGGCGGAGCAGGGCAACCUGGGCACCUUCUUCAUCUCCAACGUGCGGGUGGUGUGGUACGCCAACCUGGUGGAGGGCUUCAACGUGUCCAUACCCUACCUGCAGAUCCGCUCCGUCAAGAUCCGCGACUCCAAGUUCGGUCAGGCGCUGGUGAUCGAGACCAGCCCCGCCAGCGGCGGCUACAUCCUGGGCUUCAAGGUGGACCCGCGCGAGACGCUGGAGUACGUGUACAAGGAGAUCAGCAGCCUGUGGCAGGUCUACACGGCCAACCCGGUGUUCGGAGUGGAGUACCGGCCGGAUGAGUCGGGGAUGGCGGCUCCGGGCGGACUCAUGAUCGCACCCUCGGAGCAGGACAUCGAAAUUGUGGAACCGCCGGAUCGUGGGGACGCGCUGGCCCAGUAUUAUGCGGAUGCAACGAAGGGCGUCGACCGAGACCCCGUAUACUGCGCCGAGCUGGGGCUUGCUGUUGAGCAGCUUAAAGAGGGCCUAACAAUUGAGCAGCUUUGGAGCGUGCUGUGAGGUUUUCCUAGGUUGCAUUACCGGGAUGUAUGGGGUUGGGACCUUUGUCGAUUAGCUGCGUAGUACUUAUGCUUUGCGGCUGAAUUGCCGGCUGGAAGGGUAGAGUGAGCAUGUACGUUCGGGAGCGCCAUUCCCCAUAUGUCAUGAAUCCGCUGGAUCAUGUACAGCGUGCAUUUCAUAUCGCCACUAUGGUAUUCUUGCGUUCGCUCAAGCUGUAAAUUAUUAUUACUGUAAGAACGCCAUAUAGAGACAGUAGUUACAAGGUUACCUACACGGCUGUGCGACUUGACCGCGUCGAGAUCAUCGCUUGCUUGACCAGGAGAAAUGGCAUCUUGCAUGAUCUCCCGCUCGAUGCGCUUUGGGGUUCGGCCUCAGCGACGGUCUGCCACGAUUACGCGGGCUGAGGCGCAAAGCACAAAAGUUUCGUUUAAAGUUACACGGCAUGUGGACUUCGGCCAGAGCGUCCUUCUUGUCGGCAGCGCUCCGGAGCUGGGGGCUUGGGAUGCUAAGCGUGCUCUGGAGCUCAAUUGGAGUGCGGGAGACAAUUGGUCGGCUUCGGUAACGGUACCCGCAAGGUCCUCAAUGGAGUACAAAUACAUCGUGAAACGCAAGGAUGGACUCGACUGGUGCCCAGGGCAAAACAAGGCCGUGGUCCUGCCGGAGGCAGCGGCCGUAGAGGUCAGCGACUCCUGGGACAACCGCGCCAGCUCCCUGGCCGUCCUCAAGCCCCUACCGGCCGCACCCGCGCCCGCUCCCGCUCCCGCCGUUGAAGCCCCCGUGGUAGCAGCCGUGGCUGCCGCCCCGGCCGCCGCCACCACCCCAGCACCCGCAGAGCUGCCCUCGACAACCGCCAUGCCAAUUGCACCUGAGCCGGCCGCCACCUACGCAGCUGCGGGUACGAACGGUGUGCCCCCUCCCGAGGUGGUUGCUGCGACUGCUAUUGCCGCGGAGGCGCCCUCGCCCGUGAACACGAUGGACAACAUCUUGAUUUCCGAGUUGAUGGCGGCUCCCGCGGAGGCCCCCAGCACCGGCUCUGCAGCGGCCGCCCCCACCUUCCUGGAAACCACCUUCGAGCCCUGCUUCCCUGCGCCGCCGCCACCCACCUCCCCGCAGCAGCCGCAGGAGGGCCCGGGCGCCUUCGCGGCCAACAACAUCGUGCAGACGUACCCCAAGGGGGCGGUGCCGCUGGGGGGCAGCAGCGACCCCAUCACACAGUACGAGGAGGCGGACUCGUACAAGGUCGUCGAUGUGGUUCCGGCGGCCGCCGACAAGGGCCCUGCAGCGGCGGCGGCGGCAUCAGCCACUGCAGUGGCGACGGAGGCCCGGCCGGCCAAGUCCAAGCCGCUGGACUCCAUGACCGUCUCACAGCUCAAGGCGGA